UAAAGCUCAGUUUUCUGAAUGUCUGAUUCAUUUGAUCAAUAACAUUCAUUUUUUUUGUUUAAAGUUUAUUCAUUUAAAAACAACACAAAUUCAACGUACAACAAAAUUUUAAACUUGUCAAAAUGCAAUCUUUAAAUCAGUUUAUUUGAGCUCAGCUGCAGAUCAGGAGUUAAUGAUUGACCUCCUCCCACAUCUUAUUAAACAUUACUGAGUCACAGACCACGGCCUUUUGAUCAUUCAUUCAGGCUGUAGGGAUGUCGGCCCAAGUUUGGUCUUAUUUUCUGUAUUUUUAUUCGUUUUUCUAUCAGCUGAUUGAUCCCUGCAGUAAUCCUGAGCAGCUGCUUGUGAACUCUGUGGACCGACAGCAGUAUCUAGGAAAAUGGUUCUUUAAGGCAGCUGUCAGUCACAGAGAGGCUGACAUCCACAAGUUCAGAGUGCUGGACAGCAUCGUCUUCACCAUGGAGGAGACGUCCAACAAUACUCUGGUCCUGACUGGACACAUGCGCAUAGGAGAUGACUGCAUGAAGCAGACCUGGACCUAUCAAAUCCAUCCUGAGAGGGAGGAGCUUCUGCUGGAGGGAAGGCCUCAGCGCAGAAACCUGCUCUGGAGCGGCAUGUGGGCCAACUGCCCAAACUGCAUUGUUUUCCAGGAAGUAGAGCCGCCUCUGAGAGAGAGCGACUCUGAGGACUCGCUCAAUAGAUACAUGCUGUACGCUCGACAGACGGACUCAGACUCUGACAUCACCACAAGUUUUGUAAAAAACUCGGCCUGUCGGAACCUGAAGCAGAGCAUCAGACUGCCUCAGGAAAAAGAGUUCUGCUUCUAAACGAAGGUGGGCUCAGUUAUUCCAUAAACCAGCUCCUGUUCCUGUAUUUAUCCACAACGCUGGGCUCUUCUUGUUUUUACAGGAUUCGUCUCUUUACUGCGCAGAAGUCAAAUAAACCAAUAACGUCCAAUUAUUUUAUCUGGCUUUUAUAACAAGUUUCAUCUGUAAAAAGCAUCAGUUUUAUUGAAGUGUAGACUAAGAGUAACAAAAAUCAAGGAUCUAAAUAAAACUUCUCCGCUGUUCAUGGCUGUCACUUUCAUUCCUGAGAAGCUGAGCUGCAGCAGGUUCAGAAAAAGAACCGUAGAACUGGGGGAGUACCUGCAAACAUACACCCACAAAAAACCCAGGAAAUCCCAGUAAAAACUGAAACACAGGUUCAGAUAACUUCUGAAGUAUUUCCUUUCAGCCACUUGGAUCCAGGAUCCACACAUUGUC